GGUGUGCGCGUGUGCUUGCUGACGGAAGUACUGCGCAGGCGCUGCAGCCCCUUCCUCUCCGCCGUGACGGCUAUGCCCGCGCCCUGCCUGGCUCGGCCAAUCACAGACUUCGCGGCCGCUCGGUGGUUGGAAGUUGACGCGGGCGGGCGGGCUGCGCGGCUUGGCUGGGCUGGUGGAGCUGUUCCAGUUUGGGGCCUCCGGUCCCGCGAAGCAGGAGGAGCAAGUUUUGUCCAAGACACUACAGACUUGCUACGGAAACUUAAAAACAUAGACCACCUUCCCAGCAACACACUCCUAGCCACCAUGGACGUUACCAGCCUAUAUACCAACAUCCCACACCAGAAUGGCAUCCAAGCCUGCCUUACAUAUCUACAGAAACAAGAUUACAACCCAGAAUACAGACCCAAAGAUAUUACUGAGCUUAUACACUUCAUCCUCACACACAACAAUUUCACUUUUAAUAAUCAACACUUCCUCCAGAUGAUGGGAAUAGCUAUGGGCACUAAAAUGGCCCCACAGUAUGCCAACCUUUUUAUGAGCCACCUGGAAGAAGACUUCCUCAAGAACUGCACCAUCAAACCCUUACUAUACCUAAGAUACAUCGAUGACAUCUUCAUCAUUUGGAGUGAGAACCUGCAAUCUCUGAUUGAGUUCCACCAGAAAUUCAACAGUCACCAUCCCUCCAUCUGACUUUGUUUAGAAUACUCCAGCACCAACAUCCCCUUUUUAGACACAGUGAUCAGUAUCCAGAAGGGUAAAAUACAGACCACAGUAUACAAGAAACCCACAGACCAACAUACAUAUCUGCACAGAACCAGCAAUCACCCGAAACACACCAAAAAAGCUGUGAUAUACAGGCAAGCCCUCAGAUACCACCGCAUCUGUACUGAAGAGAACACCCGGGAUCGCCACCUCACCAAUCUUAAAAAGGCUUUCACCCAGCAAGGACACUCCUCCAGAGAGGUAGAUUGCACAUUUGAAAGAGCCACCCGGAUACCACGUGAAGAACUGCUGCAGUAAAGAAGAAAAACACCCACAAAUCGCACACCGCUGGUUAUGACCUAUCACCCAUCCCUUGAACCUGUACGGAAAAUCCUCAAAAUAUUGCAACCCAUAUUAGAAAGAGACCCUAUUCUUAAAAAGAUCUUCCCAGAGCCACCCAUCCUAGCCUUCAGACAAGCACCGAACCUCGCCAACCUCAUCACCAGAAGCAAACUUCCUCAACUCCAGAACACACCAAAAGGAUCCAGACCGUGCCAUGACAAGAAAUGCGAAACCUGCCAACACAUCUCCACCACCCCCACUAUUACUACACCCCACAACAGAGCCAUCAGCAUCCCAGGAUCUUACAGCUGCACCUCCAGAAAUGUAAUAUACCUCAUCCAAUGCACCAAAUGCCCUGAUGGAAGACAUGUAGGAGAGACCAAACAACAACUGUGCACCAGAAUGAACGCACACCGGAAAUCCAUCAAAGACAGAAACACCCAAUUACCGGUGGGGGCACAUUUCUCACAGGAGGGCCACUCGCUCUCCAGUCUCUCAGUCCUGAUCCUCAAGGGAAACUUACACAACACUUCCCAGAGAGGAGCCUAUGAGCUCCAUUUCAUCAACCUGCUGGAUACUAGAGAUCAGGGACUAAACACAGACAUUGGAUUUUUGAUACAUUACAAUCUGCCUGGCAACUGACUCCCCAGCCCAGCCCAGCCCCGGGCUUGUUUACUUUUCAUUCCAUCCAGGAAGAGCACACACCAACUGCUGAAGCUUCCUUAGCCUGACGAAGGGUUUUUGAACCCGAAAGGUUGCUUAAUAACUAUUCUCCAACCAUUUGGGUUGGUCUAAUAAAAGAUAUCAAACUCACCCAAGGAACCUUGUCUGCCUAUGUCCUUAGACCAACACAGCUACAACCUAAACCCCCUAACCCAGACAUCAGCAGGUGUCAUUGGGAGAGAUGUUUUGGUCUGCAUUAAUACAAGUCAGAUGGCUGAUUAUAAGGAUCCCUUUAAGUCAUAAAAUCUUGAGUCGUAUUGGGACAGGACACGGAAACUGCUUCAUUUUGAGUGUAUUCAGAUUGCAGUUUCUGACUUUCCUCAAAAGUAGCCAGGUAUUAGCCAGGUUUGACCAGUGACCUGAGUUUACCAUUUUGUGACUGUUUUCAUCCUGUGAAUUAAUCAGUCAAAUUACUCCAGAGUAAAGUAUCUUAGGUAUUUUUAACAACCCAAUCAGGUAAAAUAUUGGCCAUUCCCUUGUUAAAUUUCCAAACUGGCACCAUUGUACUUUCUCCCAUGCUCUCCAUUUUGCUCGCCAGGAGCUCUCCCUAAACAUCUACAACAAAGCUACUUCAGCAUUCUUCUUUGGGUCUUUCCUUCAAACCCUCCUAUGUUGCAUUGUUUAUAAGAAGUCAACAGUGUUUAAGCCACUGGUGUUCUGAGAUUGCUGCCUGUUACAAUGACCAAUAUGAUCUUAUUGCUUCAUUGUGUACCCACACCUGUCUGCCUGCUUGCCUUUACAUGUUGUUUCUUGUCUUAGACAAUAAACUGU